AUGGCUUCUCUCUUCACUUUCAAUUUCAUUUUUUUCAUUGCCCUUCAACUUCUCAGCCUCACAGCAGCUCAAGCCAGUCAAUGCAGACCUUUUUGCGGCAACAUUCCGAUUAACUACCCUUUCGGCAUUGAUGAAGGCUGUGGCAGCCCUUAUUACAGUCACCUUCUCGUCUGCUCCGAGCCGGGUAAACUUGAGCUUCGAACACCUUCUGGCAGAUACCCUGUCAAGAGCAUAAGCUACUCCGAUCCUCACAUUCUUGUCACUGAUCCUUUCAUGUGGAACUGCCUAGACGGUGACAGUUUUCGACCAACUAGGCCUUUUAGUCUUGACACCAGUACACAUUUGUCACUCUCUUCUCAAAAUGACUACCUUUUCUUCAAUUGUAGUGAAGAAAAUGUGAUCGUUCAGCCAAAGCCUAUGUUCUGUGAAAGGUACCCGGAAAAGUGUGACUCAUCAUGUGACAGUUCUAGUUAUCUUUGCAGGCACUUACCGGAGUGUGCCUCAGCAUUGACAAGAAGUACUUGCUGUUCUUACUAUCCCAAAGCCACUGAAUCCCUAAGGUUGAUGUUGAAGUACUGCGCUAGUUAUACUAGUGUGCAUUGGAGAAACACCGGUGAGACACAGCCUGAUGAUCAAGUCCCAGAAUAUGGCAUUCGAGUGGAUUUUGAUAUUCCGGUUACCACACGUUGCCUUCAGUGCCAGGACACAUCCAAAGGCGGUGGAACAUGUGGAUUCGACACCAAAACACAGAGUUUCUUGUGCUUAUGUGAGAAAGGAAACGCGACUACUUAUUGUAAUGAUGAUAGCAUUUCUAAGCAUACGAGGAAAGGUGUGAUUGCAGGGGCAGUUUCUGGUGUUUCAGUAGCAGGAGCCUUUGGAAUUGGGGCAGGAAUUUGGUACUACAGGAAAGUUAGAGCUAAAGCACCAGUUACGUGUGGGGUUCAAAGCAAUGAGAACAGGAUUUUCUGA